AUGCCGGCAGCUGAAUCUCCCUUGCUUCCGCUGGAUAUAAGAGUACGAACACUCGAGGCUCAGUUAUAUGGGGUGCCAUCAUCGGUUCUCGAUCACAUCCCACUUGAAGGAAAAGGACAAACACCGAUACCAGCAAUUAGGAGAUUGAGGGAAGCUGAAGACGUCUUCGAAAGGUUAGGAAAUGAAAGCGAGGGAUUGAAGCGGCUUCUGGAAGGAUAUAACCAGUACCUACCUCUGUUGACCUUAUCGAAUACCAGCACUACUUCUAACGCAGAAGAUCACGGAGAGGAAAAUCCUGUCACAGAGUCAGAUCUAUUACCAGAUCAAGUGAAACUCGUCAUGGUAUUAGAAGCUUUCCAAGAUAUAAAAGGAGCAGAAAGGGAUUUGAGAGAAAUUGAAUUGUUGAAACAACGAGGUGCGGAGGGAAGUGGUCAAUUAGAAGAGUUAUUACCAUUCAAGCCAAGUUUGAUAAAAGCCAUCAAUGAAAAUCAAACUCGUUCAGACGAGCUAUUGAAGGCGAGAAAGGACGUAGCUUCCUUGUUGACCAGGUAUAACGAUUUCACGUCAACAGCGUCCGAUAUGUUUAUCGAUUUACAUCAUCAAAUACGAUUCUUGGAAGAUAGAGUAGCUAGACUAGAAAGGAGGAAGAAGAAAGAGAUUGAAGGCAGAUUCUAG